CAAGUCUUGAAGUCGCCGUGAGGCUCUGGGAAGCACGAGAGCUCCAACGUCAUGGCGGCGGGAAGGGCCCAGCGACAUGCCAUCGGCUGAUCCCCGGCUGUGCACGUCACUUUUAACCUUCCGCGACUCUCAUCCCGCGCAGCUCGAUUGCGCCAUUCACCAUGAACACCGUCGGCUGGGUGUGUCGAAGAUGCCUCCUCCGCUCCCAGGCGCCUCUUAGUAGGCAAUUCCUCCGCCGCCAGACCACCCAGGCUACAGGCGCCGACGCCAUCUCCCCCGCCGUUCUUACCCGCGCCCGCUCGCUCGCCGCCGAGCAUUCGCAAUUGUCGACGAAGCUGCUCGAUGGCUUUGACCAGAAGACGGCCAAGAAGGCCGGCGAAAUCGCGCCAAUUGCCGCCGCGCUGAAGGAAUGGGAGAAGGCAGAUGAGGCUCUAACGGAGCUCAGAAACUUGCUGCAAGACUCGUCGGCCGACAAGGAGCUCCGCGACCUCGCCGCUGAAGACAUGACGGAGACGACGGAACAACUGUCGCGCGCGACGCAGUCGCUCACGACCAGUCUGGUGCCCAAGCACCCUUUCGCACACCUACCAUGCAUGUUGGAAAUCCGGCCAGGAGCCGGCGGGUCUGAGGCGGCGCUGUUCGCGGGCGAUUUGCUGCGGAUGUACCAGGCGUACUGCUCGCGACAAGGGCUGCGAGCGACGCUGGUCAAGUACGAGGACUCAGCGGGAACGGCAGACGCCCGAGGCUCUGACUCGCCGCUGCAAGAAGCGAUCCUUGAGAUCGAAGAGGAUGGCGCGUAUGGCCGGUUCCGAUGCGAGGCGGGCGUGCACCGGGUGCAGCGCGUGCCAGCGACGGAGAGCAAGGGACGAACGCACACGAGCGCGGCGUCGGUGCUGGUUCUACCGAGCCUACCGGGCGAGGGCGGGGCCGGGUCCGAGGACUUCGACGACCCCAAUAGCGACUACUACAUUGAUCCCAAGGAGGUGCGCGUCGAGGUGAUGCGCGCGAGCGGCGCGGGCGGCCAGCACGUCAACAAGACGGAGUCGGCAGUGCGCUUGACGCACGUUCCGACUGGCACCGUCGCCGCGAUGCAGGACUCCCGUUCGCAGCGCGCCAACCGCGAUAAGGCCUGGCAGGUGCUGCGGUCGCGGCUAGCGCAGGCGCGGCGCGAGGCUCGUGAAGAAGAGGCCUUGCGCAUGCGCCGCAGCGUCAUUGGCGUCGCUAAGAUGGGCCGCGAGAACAAGGUCCGCACGUACAAUUGGGGACAGCAGCGAGUAACGGACCAUCGGUCGGGCUUGACAAUUCAUGGUUUGGACAAUGUUAUCGAGGGCGGCGACAACCUGGAGGAGGUCAUGGAGAGCGUGAGAAAUUGGAUGAAGGACGAAGAGGUUAAGCAGCUGGUGGCUAUUGAAGAGGCGGAUGCGAAGGCGUCCAAGAAGACGUAAUGGGAAAACUUACGCAUUACGGGACUUCUACUCCGGGCUUUCAGAACCAAAUUCGCAUUCGCAUACUCCCGGCACCUCACUUUCAAAAAUCCGCAGACACCUUCACCCACGCGAGACUACGUCAAAUCAAUCCAGCCUCACUUGAUUUUCUACUCCAAAUAUCGCAUUCUCCCUUAUCUCUUCGUGUAAACCUUGCCUUAGCAGUUUGUUGAUACUGGUGGAUUAAAUCGGCUCGACCGCCCUGUUCUCUUCUCAGCUUACUCUCCUCAGUCAACUAAGAUUCUAUUCAGCCUCUAGAUAUGGCUAAUCAAACAUCAGCACUCC